AUGUCUGUAGGGCUAUGGGUCCUCGGCCUGGGCGCAGGUGCCUUCUUCUCUCAGGGUCGCGCGGCGCUCAUCGCGAUACGCAAGAACGGCGUAGGUGGCUCCAAGCUGGGGCGCAGUUUCUACAAGGGCGGCUUUGAGCCCAAGAUGACACGGCGAGAAGCUGCCUUGAUCCUCGAGAUGCCUGAGCGCGGCAUCACAAAAGAUCUCCUUCGCAAGAAGCACCGAUCGCUCAUGCUCCUCAACCAUCCCGAUCGCGGCGGUUCCCCAUACCUGGCCACCAAGGUCAACGAGGCCAAGGAGAUGCUCGAGAAGGAGGUCAAGUAA